GUCGUGCAGGGGUGGGAACCAGGGUGAGGGUGCCGACUCGGUUUUUUGCACUCGGACGGAAGCUAGGGGCAGGAGCAAUGGUGCUCCAUUUGGUGCCCAGAUGGUCUGCAAGGCUCUUCUGGGCGUCUUCAGGAUGGAGGAGGACCUACACCCAGGGAGCUUCUGUGAGGUUGAAGUGGCUUGGUUGCCCUCAGGCCAUGUACAGCCCCUUGGCUUGCAGAGCUUACUCAGUGGCCGCUGGCAGCCCUGAGGUAAUGCUGACCCCUGAGCGAUACCCGGUGCAACGGCUGCCGUUUUCUACUGUGUCUGAGGAAGACCUGGCUGCAUUUGAAUGCAUCAUACCUGGCAGAGUUAUCACAGAUCCAGAGCAACUGCACGCAUGCAAUGUGGACUGGCUGAGGACUGUACGAGGCUGUAGUAAGGUGUUGCUGAGACCCCAGACCUCAGAGGAAGUCUCCCAGAUUCUUAGGCAUUGCUAUAAGAGGAACUUGGCUGUGAACCCACAGGGCGGGAACACUGGCAUGGUGGGCGGCAGUGUCCCUGUCUUUGACGAAGUCAUCCUGUCCACUGCCCUCAUGAAUCAAGUCAUCAGCUUUCACGAUGUAUCUGGAAUUCUGGUUUGCCAGGCAGGCUGUGUGCUGGAGGAGCUGAGCAGGUAUGUGCAGGAGCGGGACUUCAUCAUGCCGCUGGACUUGGGAGCAAAGGGCAGCUGCCACAUCGGGGGCAAUGUGGCAACAAAUGCUGGUGGCCUGCGGUUCCUGCGGUAUGGCUCUCUUCGAGGGACUGUCCUGGGCCUGGAAGUGGUACUCGCUGAUGGGACCAUCCUGAACUGCCUGACCUCUCUGAGGAAGGACAACACAGGUUAUGACCUGAAGCAGAUGUUCAUUGGGUCAGAGGGCACCCUGGGAGUCAUCACUGCUGUGUCCAUUGUGUGCCCACCCAGGCCCAAGGCUGUGAAUGUGGCUUUCCUUGGCUGCCCUGGGUUUACUGAGGUUCUGCAGACCUUCUGCACCUGCAAGGGGAUGCUGGGCGAGAUCCUGUCUGCGUUUGAGUUUAUGGAUACUGAAUGCAUGCAGCUGGUUGGACAGCACCUCCACCUGACCAACCCAGUACAAGAGAGUCCGUUCUAUGUCCUGGUUGAGACCUCAGGCUCCAGUGCAGGACACGAUGCUGAGAAGCUGACCAACGUCCUGGAGCAGGUGCUGAACUCUGGCCUGGUGACAGAUGGCACUAUGGCCACCGACCAGAGGAAAGUCCAGAUGCUGUGGGCCUUGCGGGAGAGGAUCACAGAGGCGCUCAGUCGUGAUGGCUACGUGUUCAAGUAUGACCUAUCCCUCCCUGUGGAGCGGCUCUAUGACCUUGUGAUUGACCUCCGCACCCGCCUGGGCCCUCGUGCCAAGCAUGUGGUGGGAUAUGGGCACUUGGGGGAUGGCAACCUUCACCUGAACGUGACAGCAGAGGCCUUUAGCCAGGAGUUGCUUGGAGCCUUGGAGCCUUAUGUGUAUGCCUGGACAGCGGAGCAUCGGGGCAGUGUCAGUGCCGAGCACGGCCUGGGCUUCAAGAAGAAGAAUGUUCUUGGCUAUAGCAAGCCACCCGUGGCCGUGAAACUUAUGCAACAGCUAAAGACCAUGCUGGACCCCAAAGGCAUCCUGAACCCCUAUAAGACUCUACCUGCUCAGGCCUAACUGGAUCUUUUCGAGAAGUUGUGCAAGAUGCUGGGACCUUGGGCAUGCAGGGUUGGUGGGCCUGGAGGCCUCCCGGUAGAUGGCACCCGAGAUAGACCAGGUUACUGACACUCACUGGCUAGCCAGGAGCCGGCUCUGAGCACCCUCUGGGCUCUGCUGCCUUUCUCUGGGGGUGAACAGAGCAGAUAGAGGUGGCUGACCCUUCCCUCCUCUCCUACCAGCUCAUUGUGGACAGAAUAAGUGGGCAGGCAGUUGCCCCACUCCCAAACAGGCCAGCUCUCACUGGCUCUGUGGUGGCCUGUGGAGACCUGCUGUGUUGCAUCUCGGUAGUGUGUAAUUUUAAAAGCACACUACCUUGCCUGGUGCCACACGAGGCCACAGCUGGUCUCACUCAGCUCCACCAACGGCCAGCUGAGCCAUUUUUCCCCAGAGCCGCGAUUACUCCCCCAGCCCCUCAUGGCUAGCUUUUCCAAGCUGCCGCCAACAACCACCUCAGCAGAUAAAAAACACUAGACAGUUUUAUUAUUUUAAAACUAGCCAUAUAACUCAAUGGCUGGGCGAAGAAUUUCCUGCCCUAAUCUUAUCAACUAGCUCCUUCCAUCUUGCUUAGCCCCUUGCUGAUAGCAGAGGCUAUAAACUCGAGGAGCCCCAAGACUUACAUGUCUGCAGCUUCCUACUCGCUCCAAAGCCUGGUCUGAAUUCUUCUUUGUGUCUAUUCCCUUCUGCCUGGAACCGAAAAGUACCAUCUGUUUCCUUUCACCCAACAAUUGGCUUCUGCCUCCUUUAUUGACACAAUUAAGAACCAAUUAGGGAAUUAACACCUCUCCCUACACAUCUCUGGGAAGAGUGCCAUGUGGUCUCUUGGUUGGAUCUUACUGGAUGGUUUGCCAUGUAGCAUGUACUCUGAGGGCUGCAGCAGAGUUGUCCAGCCCCAGAUCAGUUACCAUAAUGACCCAGAGCAUCACAACUCACUCCCAUGGAGCUGAAUGGAAUUGGCUGUCAUAUCAAGCAGGCCUUGGAUUGGUAACUGUGGUCCAUCUGACCAGGCCAUUCCCUUGGGUUUUGUUUGUUUUGAGAUCUCUAUAUAACCCUGGCUGUCCUGGAACUUCUGAUGUAGACCAUAUUGACCUUUAAACUCACAGAGAUCCACCAUGCCUCUGCCUUUGCUUCUGUCCCCUGAGUGCUGGGAUUAAAGGCAAUUGCCACUACACCCAGCUUACCUUGUUCUUGAAGACCUGUCUGGUCUGGUUGGUAA